UUGAAGCGAAAUUAUCCCAAAAUCAAAGUGAGUCAAAAUGGACAGUCAAAAUACAAAGUCACUGAGUAACGACUCACGCUGCGUAUUUUUUAAUACACAUUCAGAAGACUAUCGAUGCGUGGUGAUUUUAACAGUGAAACGAGCCACAGGGACCUUCUCCUUAGCAGGAUGUCUUUUCAUGCUGUUUGUGAUCUGGGUGCUCCGCAGAUAUCACUCUUUGGCUCAGAAGAUGAUUCUCAGCCUGACUGUAGCCGCCUUUUUCGACAGCGUAGCAUAUGUCAUGGGUGAGUCCCAUCCAGAGGGAUCUCUUUGUGACUUCCAGGCCUGGUGGCUAACUUACUUUGACUGGAGUGCCUUGGCCUGGGUUUGCCUCAUCACUUUGAACCUGUACCUUAACCUGGUCCGAGAAAUAAGCACCAACAGAUAUGAGAUGUUGUACCAUGUGAUGGCGUGGGGGGUGCCCCUGGUCAUGGCCUCUUUACCGCUACUAAAGGGUUACUACGGCCCCGCAGGAGCCUGGUGCUGGAUCACAGACGAUCACGUAGCCUGGAGAUUUGGGAUAUGGUACGUGCCUCUGUUCAGCCUCAUCUUCCUGAUGAUCUGCUGCUAUGCCAGGAUCAUCUGCGUGGCCAAUGAGAGGAUGCAGUCAUGGUUGGGAACCUUCAACCCAGAGAGGGAGAGACGAAAGGUUUCCUUGGCUGAGGAGAUCAAGCCGUUGAAGUGGUAUCCCUCCGUUUACCUGCUGGUGUCUAUCUUCCCCCUCAUCAACAGGCUCCAUAAUGCCUUCUACCCACAGGAUCCAUCCUUCUCCCUCACCCUGUUGCACGUCCUGUCGGCACCACUCCAUGGCUUGGCCAAUGCCUUUGUGUUUGGCCUGGAUAGGGAUUGGUGGAGCCUACUGAGCCCUACUGGCAUGCAGCUGGCUCUGCAGUCGCGGCUGUGUGACAGGACUCGGAUCGGAGAGUACCACCCCGGGGCUGUGCGCUACACACAAGCUGACCUGGUCAACCUCAGCGAUGACGACGACGAUGACACCAACGUGCUCUUCUACUCCCCUGACAUGACCCUGAAAGACCGAGGGCCCUGAGAGAGAGCGCGGCAGAGGGAAAGAGAGAGAGGGAGACAAAAGAGCUGGAGGGAAAGAACAUGAAGGAGGGUCACAGCCAGAGAGAAACGCAGCGGAUUAGAAACUGAGAGGGAGAAAAAAGAGGUAGGGAGGGAAUGGAAGAGAAGAUUGGGGGGACAGUCAGGCAGAUAGAAGCCGGAGAUGAGCUGUCAGGUUCCAUUAUUAAUCCCCAUCCUUUACUAUUUAAUAUCCUAAAGACACACACACACACACACCCAGACACACACACACACACACACACACACACACACACACUGUACAGAGCAGUAGCUCCCUGCAAUACUAUCAUCAGAGAGGAGCAAGAAAGGAGUGGUUCUAAAGAUCCUCCUAAUGUUAAAGGCAUCGGCUGCAUCCCGAAGGUUUUAAAACAAUUUCCCCAAUCUACACCACCACCCUGACUCCUGCAUUCUGCAACGUUUUGGCGUACCACAAAAAAAAUGAAAGAAAGAAAUAAAACAUAAAGGACUGCUGAAAGGCAAUCAUAACAAGGUGUUAGUUUAGCAUUCGCAGCAAUUACCUUUUCACUUCUCUGCAGGAGAUGAGGUGAAAAGAACCAGUUUCAAAAGCACCCCAUGUGUCAGACAUGAAAGCAUCUACGACUACACUCAGAUUGAUCCCAGGCCAGUUCUGAACAAUUUUCCUGCCGAUAGGUGGGAAGUGGAGUACAAUAGAAAUAUAGAAAGGUGGGGUUUGAAAAACAGUGAAGAUGACUUGGAAGGACAACUGAGUCCCUAAGUGUUGCUUGCAAGGAGUCUCUCCUUCCUCAGACAGUAUUUGGUUUCCGUUUUGCUCUUUGUAUUACUAUUGUUGCAACUUUCGUAUAAGUAUUCCUUUGAAAGGUUGUUUUGCAUUUUUUAUGAAAUACUAAACUUGUUUCUUAUACUGUAUUUAUAACAGAUCAAUAUGAUGUAUAUAUUUAAUUGUACACUCUAUUUUUGUACGUGCCUUGGACUGGAAUGUGAAGAAAAAUGCUCCUCUUGGUCCAAACCCGCUGCUCUCACGUGACAGUCGAGCAGAGACUGAGUCGAUCCACAGCCUUAUGAACAGAUAAAAAACAAAAAAAAACAUGUCAUUAGUCAAACAAACACCCACAAAUACACUCACGUGCAUCUUUCUAAGGUGCCUGUCAAAACAGACUUGAAACGAUGACACACAAGGCACCUACGGCAGAGCAGCAGCUCUUGAUGGUUCAUCAUCUCAUGGCUUGUGUCAGUGAUGCUGAGGGCACAGAGCUGAGGUGUGAUUGGCAGGAUAAUAGAGUCACUUUAUAUUCAACCAAGGCCCAUUUGGUUUUUCCCAUAUGUAGGUGGUUUCGUCACUGUCGGUGCACACUGCCAGCUGUCAGCUGCCUCUCUGACAAGUUGAACUAAUGAACUGACACUUGACCCUUUUUACCCUUGAGUUGUUGAACUUUUCUGCUGGGCGUCAAUGACACCAGAGUGCAACUUUAGUUUGCAGUUCACAGAGGCCCACCACUGAAUUACACACACACACAGAGAUACUCACACACUUGCACUGUGCCCCUACCCCUCUUUUGGCACUGUUGCUCUUUUUACUUGACUGUGCACUCCAUCAAAUAAAUGAGCAGGA